CUACCUAUACAUUUAAGUGCUGGUUUUGCUGGCUCCACCAUUUCAUCGUCCCCGUGAAUCCUCCGGAUACCAUCUUGCAGCCGGGUGUUUCACCAGGAGAAUGCUGGCCCAUGCAGGGACAUCAGGGCCAGGUUGUCAUCAGGUUGCCAGCUGAAAUCCUGCCCGCUUGUGUCACUCUGCGACACGUCGACCCAGAGCUGACUCCAGCUGGCUUCUCCAGCAGUGCCCCUGGAGAAUUUGCUGUCUUUGGACUGGAUGUGGACAGCGAAGAGGAGGUUCCGCUUGGCUCAUUCAGCUUUAAUGUGCGGAAAGCACCCUUACAGACCUUCCUGCUUGAGAAUAAUCAUUCCAGAGCCUUUC